GAUGGUUGUAGGUUACCAUGUCGCGGCGCAAGCAAUCCAAACCACAGCAUUUCAAUUCGGACGAGCCCACUUCGAUACAAAAUGGGACAUUGCACAACAGUCAAACUGAGGAUGACAAUGAAGCCAAGAAGCAACGAUCAGAGGAGACAAGGGUUUGCGAAAAAUGUUUUGCUGAGUUCUUUGAGACAGAAUUUCUCGAACAUGAGAAAACUUGCACAAAGAGUCAGCAGGUAAUGAUCAUGAAGGAUGGUGAAAGGAGUGUGGUCCCUCCUGAAUUCUCUCAGCAGAGUCCGGGCAAUUACCUGGGUGACCAUAGUGAUGAUAGGCCUACUAGUAAUUCCCAAUCAAAGUACAGCAUUGAGUCAGAUGAAAUGAUAGAAGGUGAGCACACUCUAAACCAAGAUGCGCUUUCAAAUCAAGAACAAGAGAUGUCUAGCAGUCCAGACAUGAGGUACAUGUCAUCUUCCAAAUUGCAAGACUCUAACGUGACCCUUGAGUCAAUGGCUGCUACCAAAGUUGCUGUAACGCAGCAUUCUUCUAAUUUGUCCAAUCUAAAGUCCACAUCCCCACAGCCAAACCAAGACACCCUUGUAAUUCCCAUGAUAUUGGAACAGUUGGUAAUCCUCCAACAGCAACAACUGCAGCAGAUCCAGCUAACUGAGCAGAUACGUCUCCAAAUGGCACUGAUGGCAUCUCAGAAUCUCCACUCUGCAGUGGGCACAGCGGUCGAUCCACUGAAGGCACUGGGUGCACAUCUCUCACAGCAGCUCUCGACUGCAGCUGCCCUUAUUGGCAAACGAACUGGCUUGUCCUUGGAGGCCCUGAAACAAGCCAAGGUACCCCAAUCCAGUAGCAUCCUCACGUCCCUUGCUGGAAGUUUGGGCUCCAUGCCCUUGAAAGCAGACUUGAAAGUGCUUCCUGAUCUAGCUACCCGCCUUCCAACGCUGCUUCCCCAAUCUCCAGGAGUCCUGGGAUUACAGGGUCCAUUCAAUGCUCUUGAGACAGGCAUGGAUCCCUCUAAAAAAGAAAAAAAUAAGAUUACUGGCAUGCCGAUUGAUGGAUCUGGUGAGAACAUGCUCAAGCACAAAUGCAAGUUCUGUGGGAAAACGUUCGGAAACGACAGCGCUCUUCAAAUCCACUUGCGCUCUCACACUGGUGAAAGACCCUUCAAAUGUAACAUCUGUGGAAAUCGUUUCACGACCAAAGGAAACCUCAAAGUGCAUUUUCAGAGACACAAGGACAAAUACCCGCACAUUAGAAUGAAUCCACAUCCAGUACCAGAACACCUGGACAAUGUCCCUACAAACAGCGGCAUCCCUUAUGGCAUGUCUGUACCCAUUGAGGAUAAUGGUUUUGCUGACAAUAAACCUGUGUUAGGUCUCCCUCCAUCAGUUCACUCAGGAUUCAAAUCCUCAUUUGAUAUUCCAAUGGGUGGGGACCUUUAUUCUCAGAGGCCUUCCUCGUCUGGCAGUGAUGGUGCAUCCAUUUCUUCUAGUAUGUUUGGUCAGGAGAUGAUGGGACUGGAUCAGAACAAGGAUUCCUCAGAUGCGCUGGCUGGACUGCACCACUUUAAUGGCAGUGGCUUACCUGGUGAAAAUGGCUCUGGAACCACAAAACUACAGCAAAUGGUGGAUGGCUUGGAGAAGAGAACAAAUGAGCCCAACGAGUGCGUAAUCUGCCAUAGAGUGCUGAGCUGCCAAAGUUCCCUAAAAAUGCAUUACCGCACACACACUGGUGAGCGACCAUACAAAUGCAAAAUCUGUGGUAGGGCUUUCUCCACCAAGGGCAACCUCAAAGCACAUUAUGGUGUUCACAGGGCCAAUACUCCACUGAAGAUGCAACACUCUUGCCCAAUUUGUCACAAAAAGUUUACCAAUGCAGUCGUCCUACAGCAGCAUAUCCGUAUGCACAUGGGUGGCCAGAUUCCCAACACCCCUCUGCCUGAGAAUCAGUUUGAAAGUCCUGAAGCAUUGGAUGCUAGCUUGACUCAUGAGAAGACAAUGGACUCCAUUGGGCAUGAGGAAAGUAUGGAGGAACAAGACUUGGAUUUUGACAGUCAGGAGAAGAUGAACAACUCUACAGAGCUGCAGCCACCUACUAAAGAGAAUCAGUCUAUCCAAGAUCCACCAUCUAUGUUUACAGGCAUUGCUGCCCUGGAAAACCACAUGAAGACCCUCACAUCUGCACUGAACCUACAACGACAAAGCAGCACUGCUUCUGAAAGUGACAGUGGGCUAAAAGAUUCACCUUCAGUGUCUGGAGAAGUUGAAUACAAGAAUAGCUGUAGUCCAGCAGUGUCAGAAUCCGUAUCCUAUCGCUCUUUGUCCCCUGUUGAUUGUCUCCAGACUAUUGGGCAAGCAAAAUCUCCAGAAUCCACAAACCCAGAUAAUGGACAUCUUGCCAGACCAAACUCUGAUGGUGGAAUGCAAGAUUUUAGUGAAAACUAUGGAGCACUGGACUUGACAUCCAGUUUUACUCCAAACUCUAUUAAAGAGGAGCCAGGGUUGUCCUUCUCCAGUGGGGAAUAUGGUUCUAGUCAAUUGCCAUUCAUGAGAGUGCUUCCAAGGCUGGUCAAACUGGAGAUGCAGAUCCCUUCUGAGAGUCACAUGGGUGCCCACAGCCAGUACAGUUCCCAACUGCCUCAAGAAGCCAAUACUACUCCUGCUACUUCUAGUGCUCCACGUCGGUCUGCUAAGCAACAUCUCUGCAACGUCUGUGGGAAGAACUUCUCAUCUGCCAGUGCCCUGCAGAUCCAUGAACGGACUCACACGGGAGAAAAGCCCUUUGCUUGCACAAUUUGCAGCAGGGCUUUCACAACAAAGGGCAACCUUAAGGUACAUGUUGGCACUCAUAUGUGGAAUAAUUCGGCAAGGCGGGGUCAGCGUUUAUCAUUGGAUAACCCGUUAAUGGCCAUGGGCCCUGAUUCGAAGAUGAUUCCACAAAUGCUGCAUCCCUCAAAGGGCUUGAUUCCUCCAAUUAAUUUUGACCCAUCGGUAUGGAACCAGUAUGCUGCUGCCUUUACAAAUGGGCUGACCAUGAAGACCAAUGAGAUUUCAGUCAUCCAAAAUGGUGGUAUUCCUCUCCCAGGAAGUCUUGCUGGAGGCCCUUUGGUGGGGUCUACUGGGGGAUUUACAAAGAUUGAGUCCUCCCAGUCUGGCAUCGCAGCCACGGUUGCUGAAUUGGAAACAAAUGGCUCUGAAAGUGUAGCAAAGUUUCCACAGUUUUUGGAGGAGGGUAAAGUAAAUUAGAAAGGACUACAGAAGAAUUUACUUUAUUGACUGAAUAUGUUGUGUCCUGUGGAAAUGUCAUGAAUUGGACCAUGUAUUAAGGCAGUCCUCGCUUGGUACAAUCAAUUCUUGCGUGUUACAUUCACACAGCCUUGUUAAAUCAGUCCAUGCCCUAAAACAAGCCAUGGAUUCUCUUUUGGACCCUUACAUAGUAGCGAUACUUCUAGUUGAAUCUGAUGUAACUACUGAAGUUUUUUUUUUUUUCUCUCUCAUAAUAUAAAUGCGGGUAUUUGUCAGUUAUGUUCCUAAAGUUGAAUGUAAAUCUUACUUGAAAUAGCUUUAUGCCACCAACAACCGAUCUUGAUGUUUUAAUUGCUAACAAACAUCUUGUUACAGCACAUGUAUGCGUGAUUACUCAUGGUUCUGUUGUAAUUUGUCAAAAAAACAUCUAUGGCAUAGAGGCCAUGCAACAGGUGAAGGUGGAAUAUGUGCCUGAAAAAAUUUCCAUUCCAUACAAUCUACUGAAGAUAACCAUUUCAUUGCUGGACAAAUUGAGUAGUUAUAUUAUAGAAGUUUGAUUUUGAAACUGGAUUUCAUUAAGUUAUUAUGUAUUUUUGACUCUAGAUAUAGUUUCUAUCUGCGCUUAAUACCAAACAUUUUGCAAAGUGCCUGUCUUGGAAAUUUGUUUCCUUUUUAUCCCCCCCUGCCCCCCAACACACACCCAAUAAAGACAACACAAGAUUGUGUUUAAAGGCCUUUUUGGAGGUCAUCUUAUUUAGACCAAAAUGUGCUAGAUUUUCUCAUGUAGCUAUACAGAAUAAUUUCCAUUUAAAUCUAUAAAUGUUUUGAAUUUACUUUCAAUGUCCACUUUGAUUUCAUAUGGGGUUCUUUUCCAUUGUUUUCAUUGGUAUUUAUCAAAUGCCAGUUCAGUUGAAUUGCCUUUUAUUUGACACCUUUUAAUAGGGGUUCAAAAGGCCAGUAUAAAACUGAAACACCUGGUCAUUCCUUGCACUUUAUUUUCUGACCGGGCAGUCUGUUGACCCAUUUUUCUAUGAUCAU